AUGUUCCAGCCGGCGCCCAAGCGCUGUUUCACCAUCGAGUCGCUGGUGGCCAAGGACAACCCCCUGCCCGCCUCGCGCUCCGAGGACCCCAUCCGCCCGGCGGCUCUCAGCUAUGCCAACUCCAGCCCCAUAAACCCCUUCCUCAACGGCUUCCACACGGCAGCCGGCAGGGGCGUCUACUCCAACCCGGACUUGGUGUUUGCAGAAGCCGUCUCCCACCCGCCCAAUCCCGCCGUGCCGGUCCACCCGGUGCCGCCGCCGCACGCCCUGGCUGCACACCCCCUGCCCUCCUCGCACUCGCCCCACCCCCUCUUCGCCUCGCAGCAGAGAGACCCAUCCACGUUCUACCCCUGGCUUAUCCACAGGUACCGAUAUCUGGGCCACAGAUUUCAAGGAAAUGAAACAAGCCCGGAAAGCUUCCUUUUGCACAAUGCCCUGGCCCGAAAGCCCAAGCGGAUCCGUACAGCCUUCUCCCCGUCCCAAUUACUGAGACUGGAACACGCCUUUGAGAAGAAUCACUACGUGGUGGGAGCGGAGAGGAAACAGCUGGCCCACAGCCUCAGCCUCACGGAAACUCAGGUAAAAGUAUGGUUUCAGAACAGAAGAACGAAGUUCAAACGUCAGAAACUAGAGGAAGAGGGUUCGGAUUCACAACAGAAGAAAAAAGGGACGCAUCAUAUUAACCGAUGGAGAAUCGCUACCAAACAGGCUAGUCCAGAGGAAAUAGACGUCACAUCAGACGAUUAA